CUCUGCCAUUUCAACUUAGCUGCUUAUGUCGACAUAUUUUGUACCGGAGAGUUUUUCGUGGUUAACUUCUCUUUCGGAUAUUAUAGUUGACCAAUUUUUCCCAGAAAACUUUAUAAGAGUCGCAAUCCAAUAUGGGUAAACCUCGUGGUAUUCGUACGGCUCGUAAGCAUGUAAACCAUCGUCGUGUACAAAAGUGGGCUGACAAAGACUACAAAAAGGCACAUUUGGGAACAAGAUGGAAGGCCAAUCCUUUCGGAGGAGCUUCCCACGCCAAGGGAAUUGUUUUGGAAAAAGUUGGAGUUGAAGCUAAACAGCCUAAUUCUGCUAUCCGUAAGUGUGUCCGUGUUCAACUUAUCAAGAACGGAAAGAAAAUCACAGCUUUCGUACCUAGAGAUGGUUGUUUAAAUUAUAUUGAAGAAAAUGACGAAGUAUUAGUAGCAGGAUUUGGUAGAAAAGGUCAUGCUGUAGGAGAUAUUCCCGGGGUUCGUUUCAAGGUUGUCAAAGUAGCAAAUGUUUCCUUACUUGCUUUAUACAAGGAAAAGAAGGAAAGGCCAAGGUCUUAAAUACAUAAUAAUGUGGACUUUUAUUAUUUUGUACAAAUAUAACAAUUUUUAAAAGCGAA